AUGAAGCUCAAUUUACUUGGUACCACCGUGAUUCUGCUAGUUGCCUUCUUACCGCGCUACGAAUGUCGGGCUAUUGAGAGCCCUGGCGGUACCCUGCGCGUCCCAGCUCCCCAAACCCAAAACUCCCAGCAGCAGCAGCAGCAGCAGUCUGGUCCCAUUCUGGAGCGGCUUGGAGAGGAGUAUUUCAUCCGGCUGGGCAACGGGGACUCUAACUCUUUCCCAUCCACGUCCAUGUAUCCCGGCGGAUCACCUGCCGUCUACAACAGAGCGUUACAACUCCAGCUGACACGGCGCCUUUUACAGGGAAAAGUUGGGAACAUCAGGGCGCUCAUAAGCGGCUUCGGAGACCGCGGGGACGAAUCGAUGGAGAGGGGAAGGAGGUCCGAGGACCCACCGAUAUCCCUGGAUCUGACCUUCCACCUGCUCCGGGAGAUGAUGGAGAUGUCCAGGGCGGAACAGCUGGCCCAGCAAGCGCAAAAUAACAGAAGAAUGAUGGAGCUCUUCGGGAAAUGA